AUGGUUUUCAUCAAUAAUUUAGUGCCCCUUUCAAUACUUUAUUGUCAUGAAGGAAUCUUGUUAGGAUUGAGUUUAUAAAGUGUGCCAUCCGAGCUCAAAGAGAAAGGUGCUGAAAUAAACACUUAUAAAUUUUCAUUUUUGAUUCUCUUACCUUAUCUAUUUAGAUAUAUACUUGCACCUUUGAUAGAUUCAAUAAGCUUAGAGAAGUUUGGUAGAAGAAGAAGUUAAUUAACAAUUUUAUAUGCUUUUCUAGGAGUAUUGCUAUAUAUUUCAAACUUUUAAACUUUGGAUUAGUCAACGUUGUUUUGGAAUUUAUUUUGGAUUUUUUGUGUUUAAUCGCUUAUUGAUUUAAUCAUAGCAGCAUGGCUUGUUGAAAGUUUAGAUAGAGAAGAUAGAGGAUAUGGGGCAGUAGCUUAAUUUUUAGGAAUUAUCAUUGGUGGUUUUAUUGGAGCUUACAUCUUUUAAAUGUUUAACUCUCUUGAUUUCUGUAACACUUAUAUCUACACUAGUCCUCAGGAAAUUCCAUACAUUACAUUAUAAAUUGCAUUCCAAGAUUUAUCAUACCUAUCAAUAGGACUGGCAGUAGCUUGUUGUUUCAUCAUCUACAAAGAAAAUACGAAUAAUUAAGAUGUUAUGGAGACAUAUAAGGCAGCAUUUAACGCUUUUUCUAAUCGUUAUUUGAUUAUCCUAUUUCUUUUUUUCUUUUUUUUUCGAAUUGGACAGAUGCCUAUCAAUUUAGCUCAUCUACAUAUGAAAAAGACUUCAUUUACUGAAAAAUAAAUUCAAUUUCUUGAAAUCUUAGCAUUUCCUAUAGCUUGUGCACUCCCUUAUUAUAUGACAAAAAUGAUUAAGGCUAAUGUAUUAGAAAUAAGACUAAUUGUUGUGUUUUCAAUAUAUGAAAUUAUAAUCUCAGGAGUUUUCAUAAUUUGCUUACUUGCAAAUGAGGAAGGUUUACUAUUUCCAUAUAGAGAUUUGCUAUUGAAAAUAUCACUAAUAAGUGUUUGGUUGUUAAAUUUGAUUAAUAUCACAUUGGCAUACUCUUAUAUCUACAAAAACACUAAAAGUUCAAUAUCAGCAACAUUCAUUGCCUUGUUAUCAACUGGUAUAACAUUCUAAUUCAUUUUUGAAGGGCUGAUUUAAUACCUAUUAGAAAAUUAUAAUUAUUAUUUGAUUUGGUUAUGUGGAAUUGGAAUAUAUGCUUUAUUUUUCUAUUAGGUUGCCUCUAGAACAACAAAGAUUGAUUAGUUGGAUUGUUCUGAGUUUUGCUUGGAGAUUGAUAUAAAGAAGGAGAGAUUUCUAAUAUCAACAGAGUUAACAACUCUAUCUUGA